UUUCCGAUAUUUUUCCUUCCUCUUCCCCCUCCGUCCGUGGGACUGCUCGUUGUUUUUUUAACUAGACUGGACCAUCGUAUUUGCUCGUUUGAGAUGAAACUUGUCUGGAAGUCUGAUCUCUAAAUCAACAACCAUUGUAGUGUAUCUUUCUUGCGAAAUUAUCCAUAGAUUCAUGCUCCAAUCUAUAAAAGAAUGAUCUUUUCAAAGCUCAGACGCUCCCUGUCGCGGUCGGCAGGUUCAAGAAAUGGAUAUUUGGGUGCUUAUGGCAGAAGGUUUGCGCUUCUAAACGAUUCCCUUCUGCGAUCUCCGCCACAUAGAGACUCCUGCCUUGGGGGCGAGCACAGCAGAUUAGGGUCUCUGAGGGGGUACUUGGCUUCUUUUGGAGCUAACAAGGAAUUUGGUUCCAAAAGAAGCUCUUCUUUGGAUUUUAAUUUCCUUCUUGCGAACCCCAGAUUCCAUCGUUUUUUCUCCAAUGAAGUUCCAAAAAAGAAAAACUACGAGAACUUCUAUCCGAAGGAUAAAAAGGAAAUUCCCAAAGGGAACAAUCAAAAAACCGAGUCAAAAGAGGAGUCAAACACCGAAGAUCAGGGGAAUUUUCAGGAAAAUUUCAUGAAGCAAUUGCAGAAUUAUUUGACUCCUCUAAUUUUUAUUGCAUUGUUGCUUUCAUCCUUCUCUUUUGGUCCUCAUGACCAAAAGCAGAUUAGCUUCCAAGAAUUCAAAAACAAGCUUCUGGAACCUGGUCUAGUUGAUCAUAUUGUUGUUUCCAAUAAAUCAGUUGCAAAGGUUUAUGUCCGAAGGUCUCCACACACUUCCAGUCAAACCAAUGAAGAUGUUGUUCAGGGACCCGUUAAUAAUACUCCUGCUAGAGGAAAUGGAAGCCAAUAUAAAUAUUAUUUUAACAUUGGCAGUGUUGAAUCAUUUGAAGAGAAGUUGGAGGAAGCCCAGGAAGCAUUAGGGAUAGAUCCUCAUGAUUAUGUUCCUGUAACUUAUGUUUCUGAAAUGGUUUGGCAUCAAGAAUUGAUGAGGUUUUUGCCAACAGCUUUGGUUCUGGGAUCUCUUUUGUACAUGGGGCGAAGAAUGCAGGGUGGAUUUGGCAUUGGUGGCAGUGGUGGAAGGGGUAGCCGUGGCAUAUUUAAUAUUGGAAAAGCUCAUAUCACUAAGAUGGAUAAGAAUGCCAAAAAUAAGGUGUUCUUCAAGGAUGUUGCCGGCUGUGAUGAAGCAAAGCAAGAAAUCAUGGAGUUUGUGCACUUCCUCAAGAACCCUAAGAAAUAUGAGGAGUUGGGAGCUAAAAUUCCGAAAGGUGCUCUUCUUGUAGGCCCUCCUGGUACUGGGAAGACACUUCUUGCAAAAGCAACAGCUGGUGAAUCUGGUGUACCUUUUCUGUCUAUAUCUGGUUCAGACUUUAUGGAGAUGUUUGUUGGGGUUGGACCAUCCAGGGUAAGGAACUUGUUUGCAGAAGCCAGACAAUGUGCACCUAGUAUAAUUUUCAUUGAUGAGAUUGAUGCAAUUGGAAGAGCAAGGGGGCGAGGAGGCUUUUCAGGUGCAAAUGAUGAACGUGAAAGUACUCUUAACCAGUUGCUUGUAGAAAUGGAUGGAUUUGGAACUACUUCUGGAGUUGUUGUACUUGCUGGCACCAACAGACCUGACAUUUUAGACAAAGCACUGUUGAGACCUGGUCGGUUUGAUCGCCAAAUUACCAUUGAUAAACCGGACAUUAAAGGCCGUGAAGAGAUAUUUCAAAUUUAUCUUAAAAAACUCAAGCUUGACCACGAACCAUCAUAUUAUUCUGAGCGGCUUGCUGCUCUCACUCCUGGAUUUGCUGGAGCUGACAUUGCAAAUGUUUGUAAUGAAGCUGCUUUAAUUGCUGCAAGAAAUGAGGUAUCACAGAUUGCAAUGGAACAUUUUGAGGCAGCUAUAGAUAGGAUAAUAGGUGGUCUGGAGAAGAAAAACAAGGUUAUAAGCAAACUGGAGCGCCGGACUGUUGCUUACCAUGAAUCAGGCCAUGCUGUGGCAGGGUGGUUCUUGGAACAUGCAGAACCCUUGCUUAAAGUAACAAUCGUUCCACGUGGUACUGCAGCACUUGGGUUUGCUCAAUAUGUUCCAAAUGAAAACCUUUUAAUGACUAAAGAGCAGCUCUUUGACAUGACAUGCAUGACCCUAGGUGGCCGAGCAUCGGAGCAGGUUUUGUUAGGAAAGAUCUCGACAGGUGCCCAAAAUGACCUGGAGAAAGUAACCAAGAUGACCUAUGCCCAAGUAGCCGUCUAUGGUUUCAGUGACAAAGUAGGUCUCCUCUCUUUCCCGCAAAGGGAUGAUACAUUUGAGAUGACAAAGCCCUAUAGCAGCAAGAUGGGAGCGAUUAUUGACAAUGAGGUGAGAGAAUGGGUUGCCAAGGCUUAUGAACGUACAGUUCAAUUGAUAGAGGAGCAUAAGGAGCAAGUUGCUCAGAUUGCUGAGCUAUUACUUGAGAAGGAGGUCCUACACCAAGAGGACUUGGUUCGAGUACUGGGGGAACGUCCUUUCAAGUCAAUCGAGCCCACCAAUUAUGACAGAUUCAAACAAGGGUUCCAAGAAGAUGAGAAGAGUAGACAGACCACAGAGGUUGGGAGUGUGGAGGGUGACAGAUCAUCACCGCUUGAACCUGAUGUUGUCCCAACCUGAUAUUAAAAGAGGCUUUUCCUUGUAUAUGUGAAGGAUUUUUAUUUUUUCCAUGGUCUAUUUAGAUGAAUUAAUUGUAUAGAUUGUUAUAUGGAAAAUGCUAGUAUGUGGAACUUUAUUAUAUGAGAAUGAACUGACUACACAACUCCCACUGUAUUGGUAUGCAUUCCCCAUUAUGAUACCAGGUGCCAUGAAGUUAGAGGCUGAGGUUUCUCACUUGUCUUAUGAAAAGGCUUAUUUCCACAUACUUGUAUGACCAUUGUGUUACAAUGUUUCUUGAUGAAUCAUUCACAACGGUGGUAGUGUGAUUUUCAGUCCCCUUGAAUUGAUUACUAA